CACAUUUGUGCGGUCUGUAUAAAUGAGCAGUCUGGUCAGGGGUCUGUAUAAUUGAGGGGUCUGGUCUGCUGCCUGUUAAAAUGAGGGGUCUGUAUAAGUUAGGGGUCUGGUCUGGAGUCUGUAUAAAUGAGGGGUCUGGUCUGGAGUCUGUAUAAAUGAGGGGUCUGUAUAAAUAAGGGGUCUGGUCUGGAGUCUGCAUAAAUGAGUCGUCUGGUCUGGGGUCUACAGAAAUGUGCAGGUGUGCACAUUUGUGCGGUCUGUAUAAAUGAGCAGUCUGGUCAGGGGUCUGUAUAAUUGAGGGGUCUGGUCUGAUGUCUAUAUAAAUGAGGGUUCUGGUCUGUGGUCUCUUCUCUAUAAAUUAAGGGCCUGGGAUGGGGUCUAUAUAAAUGAGGGGUCUGGUCAGGCAUCUGUAUAAAUGAUGGGUUUGUACUGGGGUCUGUAUAAAUGAAGUAUCUGGUCUGGGGUCUGUAUAAAUGAGAGGUCUGGACUGGGGUCUGUAUAAAUGAAGGGUCUGGUCCGCCGGCUGUAUAAAUGAGGAGUAUAGUCUGAGGUCUUUAUGAGAGAGGUCUUUAUGAAUAAGGGGUCUGGUCUAGGGUCUGUGUAAAUGAGCCUAGUCUGGGGGGCUGUAUAAUUGAGGGGUCUGCUCUGGUGUCUGUAUAAAUGAGGGUUCUGUCUGGGGUCUGUAUAAAUGAAGGGUCUGGUCCGUGGGCUGUAUAAAUGAGGAGUAUAGUCUGAGGUCUUUAUGAGAGAGGUCUUUAUGAAUGAGGGGUCUGGUCUAGGUCUGUGUAAAUGAGCCUAGUCUGGGGGGCUGUAUAAUUGAGGGGUCUGCUCUGGUGUCUGUAUAAAUGAGAGUUCUUGUCUGGGCUCUGUUAAAAUGAGGGGUCUGGGGUCUGUAUAAAUGAAGGGUCUGGAAUAGGGUCUGUAUAAAUGAAGUGUCUGGUCUGGCAUCUGUAUAAAUGAGGGGUCUGAACUGGGGUCUGUAUAAAUGAGGGGUCUGGACUGGGGACUGUAUAAAUAAAGUGUCUGGUAUGCGGUCUGUAUAAAUUAGGGGUCUAGACUGAGGACUGUAUAAAUGAAGGGUCUCUUCAGGGGUCUGUAUAAUUGAGGGGUCUGGUCUGAUGUCUAUAUAAAUGAGUGUUCUGGUCUGUGGUCUCUAUAAAUUAAGGGCCUGGGAUGGGGUCUAUAUAAAUGAGGGGUCUGGUCUGGCAUCUGUAUAAAUGAGGGGUCUGUACUGGGGUCUGUAUAAAUGAAGUUUCUGGUCUGGGGUCUGUAUAAAUGAGAGGUCUGUACUGGAGUCUGUAUAAAUGAAGGGUCUGGUCCGUGGGCUGUAUAAAUGAGGAGUAUAGUCUGAGGUCUUUAUGAGAGAGGUCUUUAUGAAUGAGGGGUCUGGUCUAGGGUCUGUGUAAAUGAGCCUAGUCUGGGGGGCUGUAUAAUUGAGGGGGUCUGCUCUCGUGCCUGUAUAAAUGAGGGUUCUGGUCUGGGGUCUGUAUAAAUGAGAGUUCUUGUCUAGGGUCUGUUAAAAUGAGGGGUCUGGGGUCUAUAUAAAUGAAGGGUCUGGUCUGAUAUCUGUAUAAAUGAGGGGUCUGGACUGGGGUCUGUAUAAAUGAGGGGUCUGGACUGAGGUCUGUAUAAAUAAAGUGUCUGGUAUGGGGUCUGUAUAAAUUAGGAGUCUAGACUGCGGACUGUAUAAAUGAAGGGUCUGGUCUGGGGCUGUAUAAAUCAGGAGUAUAGUCUGGGGUCUUUAUAAGAGAGGUCUUUAUAAAUGAGGGGUCUGGCCUAGGGUCUGUGUAAAUGAGGGGUCUGGCCUAGGGUCUGUGUAAAUGAGGAGUCUGGUCUGGGGGGUUGUAUAAUUGAGGGGUCUGGUCUGCUGCCUGUUAAAAUGAGGGGUCUGUAUAAGUUAGGGGUCUGGUCUGGAGUCUGUAUAAAUGAGGGGUCUGGUCUGGAGUCUGUAUAAAUGAGGGGUCUGUAUAAAUAAGGGGCCUGGUCUGGAGUCUGCAUAAAUCAGGGGUCUGGUCUGGGGUCUACAGAAAUGUGCAGGUGUGGGGUCUGUAUAAAUAUGGAGGUCUGAUCUGGGGUCAUUAUGAGUGGGGUCAGGUCUAGGGUCUGUAUAGAUAAUAGGUUUUGGGUCUAUAUAAAUGAGGGGUCUGGUCUGGGGUCUACAGAAAUGUGCAGGUGUGGUGUGGGGUCUGUAUAAAUAUGGAGGUCUGAUCUGGGGUCAUUAUGAGUAGGGUCAGGUCUAGGGUCUGUAUAGAUAAUAGGUUUUGGGUCUAUAUAAAUGAGGGGUCUGGUUAAUGUGUUCUGUUUAAAGGGAAAGUCUGUAUUUCUUUAAGAGGUUUAGUCUAGGGUUUAUAUUUAUUUUGAGGAAACAGCAAGAAGCUCCGGUUCUCCUUCAUCUGACGUGGUUCUCCCUGCCCCCCUGGUCCGUCCUUCUCUCCCACUUGCAGCAGAUGCUUAGAAUGAUUGUUUUGUUCCUAAAUAUCACGGAGCGGACGAGCACCUUGGAAUAUUCUGUGGACGACUGAAGGAAUUCAGAAUCAUAAAGAAUUAUUGUCCUUGUUCAGUUACUUACUGCUCCAUGGUAGGAUGCACCCCCGUCCCCUGGCAUUUGGUACCUAAAAUACAAUCUCAAAAUAGGUUUGGAUUCUGCGGACAUAGACGUGCACAGGGAAGGUGUAAGGUGUGCCAAGGUACACUCAUAAUCCACACCUAUAGUGUUAAAGGGGUUAUCUGAGAUGAGAAAAAAAAAGAAAGAGCGCCACUCUUGCCCAUGGGCUAUGUCUGGUAUUGCAGUUCUACCCUAUUUAGAGUUAAAAUGUAGACAAGUACCUAACCAGCCCAUACUGAAGGAAUUUAAAAAAUUCAAAUGUAAUUUUCCUGAUUUUAUUCCCUUUUUUCCUCAUCUACCGUCCUCCUCGAAGGGUCGUACCCACUAGAAGUAUAAGGAAAUCAUCCUAACCUUUCCCUGAUGACACACGCCGCUCACGCCUAUGUCCGAGGAUCUCGUGUCUAUGUGCGAAAUGGGCUCAAAACCCAGCGCCAAAGUAAAAAACUCCUAAUUAAUGACAAAUAUUAGUUUGUGAGUCGCCCGAUAAAUGCAAUUAACUGUUUUCUGUAGAAUGUAAGUCGCUGCUGAGUCCACAGGAGGAAAAGUGAGGAAUUUUACACACCCUUGUGGGACCAGAGAGUGAAGGUGAGUGACAGGGGGGAAACCGGGGGGCGACGGGUCGCCAGUGACUGACCAUGUGGGAUACAUAGGAAGAUGACCGGUAGGUAGGAGGAGAGGUGAGAUGACAGCGAGGGAUGGGCUGAGGAGAAGGGAAAGGUGGAGGAAGAAUUGAUGGAAAUUAGGGAUAUUGUGACUUAAUGACAAAGGGAAAGUGAGAAGGUGAGAGUGGAGGUAAAUACAGGGGAAAGUGGGAGAGAGUGGGUGUGUUUAAUGAAAGGGAGCUCACAUAGGGUCUCACCUUGGACACCCCCUCUCCUCCUCCCCUCCCAGCACUGGGCAGCCCUCCUCUCCCCUCCCCGAGCUGUCUGCACAUGGUGUAAGUAGAGAGUUUUCAGCAGUAGCUGCAGCCUGUCCUCUACUCUCCUGUCCUGUCCUGUCCUGCUCCCUUGUACCUUGCUCCUGCUGAUCCUGCGGCCCUCCUCCUCUCCCCUCCCUUCCCUGUACCUGGGCAUCAUGCCCCGGCCUCAGCCCAGGAGAUGCAGGGUCCCCGGGGUGCCCCCUCUCUGCAGCCUGGCGCUGCUUCUCUUCUGGCAGCUGGUGAGGACCCAGGCAGCAGCUUACCCCGUGGAUGUAUUGAAGGGCCUCCAAUUCCAUACACAACCUGAGGGCGUAAAGAGGAUUCCUGGCUUCUGCCCAGCCCGACGUUCAAGCACUGGUGGAGAUGUGGCCUACAAGAUAUCCAAGCAAGCUCAGAUCAGCGCCCCCACGCGGCAGCUCUUCCAAGGUAAAUUCCCAGAGGACUUUUCAGUCAUGGCACUGGUACGAGCGAAGAAUGGCUUGCAGUCUUUCCUCCUGUCCAUCUACAAUGAGCAAGGGGUCCAGCAGCUCGGAGUAGAGUUGGGUCGUUCUCCUGUCUUUCUCUAUGAAGAUCAGAAUGGAAAACCGGCUCCUGAAGACUACCCAAUAUUCAGUGGGGUCAAUCUGGCCGAUGGAAAAUGGCACCGUAUAGCACUGAGUGUACAGAAGAAAUCAGUCACUUUAAUAUUAGACUGCAAGAAGAAGAUAACUAAGCAAUUGCCCCGAGGAAACAAGCCCGUUGUGGACACCAAAGGGAUCACAGUUUUUGGGACCAGAAUUUUGGAUGAAGAAUCAUUUGAGGGUGACAUUCAACAACUACUUAUAGCAAAUAACGCUCAGGCAGCUUAUGACUACUGUGAACACUACAGUCCAGACUGCGACUCUGCUCUUCUCAACACUCCUCAAGCCCAAGACCCCAACACAAGGCCAGAUUAUGCAGAGGAAGAGGUGGAGUAUUAUGAAUAUCCGUACUAUUAUGACAAUAAGGAGGAAGGCACGUCUGCCCCACCUACUGCAAGUGCCCCUGAAGGGGGUGCCGUUGAGCAGAAAAACAAAGCCAAAGCCAAAAAUCACAAGCCACCAGCCAAGUCGAAGUCAAAGGUGCCUCCUCCUGCAAAGAGUACUGGCAAAGCGAAAAAUGGUGUUGUAGGCAAGGCCCCCGCCAAGCGAAACACCCCAGUGAAAAAUUCUGUGGGCAAAGCUCAGCCCAAGAAAAAAUUCGCCGCCGCCAAGAGGAGGAACGUGGGGAAUAGUUACCAGCAGGACCCUGCCCAGAUCACUGAACCUGUCUUGACCCCUGAGCCCGUCGUGCUAGAACAGAGCCCAGAUUAUACUGUAUCACCAAAUGAGGAAGAUGUUUAUGAGGUUUGGGAGGAAGAACCCACUCAAGAAGUUCAACCCAAUACACAGGAAAAGGAAAAUGCUCCUUCUACAGAUGUCAAGGGUAGUGAUUCCUUCAUAGAGGAAUAUGUGACCGGUGAGGAGGAAAAUCCAACUGCCGGGCUGGACUAUGAGUAUGUGUACAAGGAUUAUCAUGAGGGUUCGGAGAGUACACACCUGGGUCCAGUCCUCUCUGCAGAGACUCCUGAGAGUGGAGGUGCUAUCAGUGGUCCCCGUGGGCUGAAAGGAGAAAAAGGUGAUCCAGCUCACUUGGAAUCGGGUAUGGUAGUCGAAGGUCCACCAGGGCCUGAAGGACCCGCAGGUCAGACUGGUCCCCCUGGAAUACACGGCCACCCUGGACCUGUUGGUGACCCCGGAGAAAGGGGUCCCCCAGGCAGAGCUGGUCUACCAGGAGCCAAUGGAUUGCCAGGACAGACCGGUAGCUCUGUUAUGCUUCCUUUCCGGUUUGGGGCUGGUGGUGGUGACAAGGGGCCGGUAGUUGCUGCACAGGAAGCUCAAGCAGCAGCCAUUUUGCAGCAGGCCAGGUUGGCUUUGCGUGGGCCUCCUGGACCAAUGGGUUACACUGGACGAUCUGGACCCUUGGGAGCACUAGGAAGUCCUGGAUUAAAGGGUGAACAAGGAGAUUUAGGUCCUCAGGGCCUAAGAGGACCACAAGGACUGUCUGGACCUCCAGGAAAACCAGGGAGAAGGGGUCGUUCUGGUGCUGACGGAGCUCGUGGUCUGCCUGGUGAAUUUGGUACUAAGGGUGACCGUGGCUUUGAUGGACUGCCUGGACUGCCAGGAGAAAAAGGUCAUCGGGGAGAUACUGGAGCUCAGGGUCCUUUGGGGCCAAUAGGAGAAGACGGAGAGAGGGGAAGUGAUGGAGAUGUUGGACAACGUGGACUUCCCGGUGAACCAGGUGUCAGAGGUUUACUAGGACCCAAAGGCCCACCUGGUGUUCCUGGCCCACAUGGUGUAAGAGGUAUGGAUGGACCUGGGGGACCAAAAGGAAACCUGGGCCCACAAGGUGAACCUGGCCCUCCAGGACAACAGGGAACUCCAGGGACACAGGGACUUUCAGGGCCGCAAGGUGCUCAAGGACCUCCAGGAGAGACUGGACCACUAGGAAAACCUGGACUUCCUGGCAUCCCUGGCUCUGAUGGACCUCCUGGUCAUCCUGGUAAAGAAGGUCCUGGAGGCUUCAAAGGCAACCACGGUCCAUCUGGUCCACAAGGUUCAAUUGGUUAUCCUGGACCCCGAGGUGUGAAGGGAGUUGAUGGAAUCAGGGGUCUUAAAGGGCACAAGGGAGAAAAGGGUGAAGAUGGUUUCACUGGAUUCAAAGGAGAUAUGGGUGUAAAGGGUGACAAGGGUGAAGGUGGAGUCCCAGGGUCUAGAGGAGAGGAUGGGUCUGAGGGCCCAAAGGGAAGAUCUGGUCCUCCUGGUGAUCCAGGACCCCUUGGAUUGCUUGGUGAGAAGGGCAAACUAGGUGUUCCCGGCCUGCCAGGAUAUCCUGGGCGACAGGGGACAAAGGGAUCUCUCGGCUUCCCAGGAUUCGCAGGGGCCAAUGGAGAGAAGGGAGCACGGGGUCUUUCUGGAAAAUCAGGCCCGAGGGGAGAAAGAGGACCCUCCGGUCCAAGAGGUCAAAGAGGACCCCGAGGCGCCACAGGGAAAUCAGGACCAAAGGGUACAUCUGGAGGAGAUGGUCCUUCUGGUCCACUCGGAGAGAGAGGUCUUCCUGGACCACAAGGCUCUAAUGGGUUCCCUGGGCCUAAAGGACCCCCUGGCCCUCCAGGAAAAGAUGGGAUCCCAGGACAUCCUGGACAGAGAGGAGAAGUGGGUUUCCAAGGUAAAGUGGGAACUACAGGACCUCCUGGUGUUGUGGGACCACAGGGUACCCAAGGUGAAUCUGGACCUAUGGGCGAGAGAGGACACCCUGGUCCUCCAGGACCCCCAGGAGAGCAGGGCUUGUCUGGCUCAUCUGGUAAAGAAGGUACUAAGGGAGAUCCUGGAACGGUCGGUGUCCCUGGAAAGGAUGGCCCAGCUGGUUUGAGAGGAUUUCCAGGAGAAAGAGGCCUGCCGGGUACACCAGGUGGUCCAGGUCUGAAGGGUAAUGAAGGUCCAGCUGGUCCCGCUGGUCCAGCAGGAUCUCCUGGAGAAAGAGGUGGACCAGGCCAAGGUGGACCAAUCGGGCCCCCUGGAAGACCAGGCCCUCAGGGACCUGCAGGCGGUGCUGGAGAAAAGGGUGUUCCCGGGGAAAAAGGUCCCAUUGGCCCUGCAGGCAGAGAUGGAGUGCAGGGACCUGUGGGUCUUCCUGGGGCAGCCGGACCUUCUGGAAUUGCUGGAGAAGAUGGGGAUAAGGGUGAAGUUGGUGAGCAUGGACAGAAAGGAGGCAAGGGUAACAAGGGAGAACAUGGUCCUCCUGGUCCACCUGGUCCUAUUGGGCCUGUUGGACAGCCGGGUACUCCAGGUGCUGAUGGAGAACCUGGCCCACGUGGACAGCAAGGUAUCUUUGGAGCAAAAGGAGAUGAAGGUACCCGAGGUUUCCCAGGUUCCCCAGGACCCAUUGGACUACAGGGGCUGCCCGGUCCAUCUGGGGAGAAGGGAGAGACAGGCGACGUUGGUCCUAUGGGCCCACCAGGGCCACCUGGACCUCGCGGACCAGCAGGACCUAAUGGAGCUGAUGGGCCUCAAGGUCCUCCUGGUGGAAUAGGAAACUUGGGACCACCGGGAGAGAAGGGAGAACCCGGUGAAACCGGAGUCCCCGGUGUCCAGGGUGAACUUGGACCUAAGGGACCACGUGGAGACAGAGGUGAAAAGGGAGAGUCUGGGCAAGCAGGUGAUGCUGGACCUCCUGGAGGAAAGGGACCUGUUGGUGAUGAUGGACCUAAAGGAAACCCAGGUCCUGUUGGAUUCCCAGGAGAUCCUGGACCCCCUGGAGAGAUGGGACCUCGAGGACAAGAUGGAGCAAAGGGUGAUCGAGGAGAAGAUGGUGAACAAGGAGAGGCAGGAUCUCCUGGUCCUACUGGAGAGAAUGGACCCCCUGGACCAUUAGGAAAACGAGGUCCUGCUGGUCCAUCUGGUCCUGAAGGUCGUCAGGGAGAAAAAGGAGCUAAGGGAUCACCUGGUGCUCUAGGUGCUCCUGGUAAGACAGGUGCUGUUGGACCUCAGGGAACUGCAGGAAAGCAAGGACCAGAAGGACUAAGGGGCAUCCCUGGAGCUGUGGGUGAACAAGGUCGUCCAGGAGCAACAGGUCAAGCUGGACCCCCUGGACCUGUGGGUCCUCCCGGAUUGCCUGGGCUCAAGGGAGAUGUUGGCGCUAAAGGAGAGAAGGGUCACCCUGGUCUUAUUGGACUCAUUGGACCAACAGGAGAGCAGGGCGAGAAAGGUGACAGAGGUCUGCCGGGCCCAGCUGGCAAAACUGGAUACAAAGGAGAACCUGGUAUUGCUGGUGUCACAGGUCCUAUUGGCCCAGGAGGAUCUGCCGGGCAACCUGGACCUCCUGGUCCUAAGGGAGCUAAGGGUUCCUCGGGACAAGCCGGACCCAAAGGACAGAAGGGUGUACAAGGUCCACCUGGACCUCCGGGACCUCCAGGUGAAGUCAUCCAGCCGCUACCUUUCCAGAUGCCCAAGAAAAGUAAGCGCUCCAUUGAUGCAAGUCAGUUCAUGGCAGAUGAACCUACUGGGGAUUAUGUCGAUGGCAUGGAAGAAAUCUAUGGAUCUCUCAAUGCUAUAAAGAAAGAUAUCGAGCUGAUGAAGACACCCUUGGGCACAAAGGAACACCCAGCCCGCACAUGCCUGGACCUGCGACUGUGCCACCCAGAGUUUCCAGAUGGUGAAUAUUGGAUUGAUCCAAACCAGGGCUGCACCCGAGAUUCUUUCAAGGUCUUCUGUAACUUCACAGCAGGUGCAGAGUCCUGUAUCUACCCCAGCAAGGACAUUGAGAAGGUUAAGAUGUCUACCUGGAACACUGAGAAGAAAGAAACCUGGUACAGCAAGUUCAGGAGUGGCCGUAAGUUCUCUUACGUUGACUCAGACAAUAACCCCAUUGGUGUAGUCCAGUUGACCUUCCUCCGCCUGCUGAGCAUUAGUGCCCGUCAGAACUUCACCUAUAACUGCCACCGCUCUGCUGCCUGGCACAUGGCCUCUGCUGAUAGCUACCAAAACGCACUGCACUUCAUGGGCGCCAAUGAUGAGGACCUUUCCUUCCACACAAGUCCUUAUAUCAAGGCUCUCAGAGAUGGAUGUUCGAUGAGGAAGGGCACCGACAAGACUGUGCUAGAGAUUCUCACUCCACGUGUAGAACAACUUCCUUUGACGGACGCUAUGUUUAUGGACUUUGGAGAACCCAACCAGAAAUUUGGAUUUGAAGUGGGACCUGUAUGUUUUAUGGGCUGAGGCAAUUAAAAAAUAGAGACAAUCCCCCACCCAACUGUACCCCCUUCUUAAAAAAGGAGAUGCCCGACCCCCUUUUCCUUCAUUCCCGUACACCAGUAUUCGAGAAUCUCAGCUGACAAGGAGCAGAAAGCAAGCACUUCCAAUGAGGUGCUACAAGAGACCAAAAAAGUCCCUGGUCAACCCGUGACAGAGACCUAAAGCUGGGUGGAUAUUCUGAUGACCAAAGAAAGAUUUUUUUUAUCAUAGACUUUUAGCUAGAAUUAUUUGUGGCUUUUUAAAUAAGACAUAAAGACGACAGUCCCAUGCAGAAAAAAAAAAGAAAAGGGUGUGGACUUCCCAUGUCCUACAAAAUUCACAUUGUGGACAUAAUGAGCCACUUUUUUUUUGCCCAAAAAGAGCUUUCUCUUUCUUUUAUUUCAAGCUCUUAUGUCUCCCAAUUUAAAAUGAUCACAUGCAGAUUUUUAAAAACAGGACUCUAUUUUUUUCUUCUGUGGAUAAAUAAAAGUUUUAAAUAUUAUUUAAAAAAAAUAAUAAUAAUUAUAAUAAUAAAAUUUGUUAUAAAUUUCCCUUCUAUCUUGCACAACAUGGGAAAAUAUUAAUAGAAACAUAUGUCCUGAACAGAUAAGAAGACAAUUAAAAAUCUGUGAACCAGUUUUUACUAUGGUGCUCGGAGUAAAGCUUACGUUUUGCCCUUAAAGAUUAUAAAAAAAAUUCUCACAGGUGCUCAGAGUAUUACUGUGUAAUGUUUGUAAGUAUUUUUUGUAUUGUAAUAUAUAAUCUAUAAUUUUGCUGCUUUUUAUUUUAUUUUAUUUUUUGUUCUUAUUCUUGCGCAUGUCCAUACAUGACUUCUUGCCGGCCACUAUCCACCUCCUGCCGCCUCUCUCCACUGUUACAUCCAGUCCCUGUUCUCUAUUCUGCUCUGUGUCUAUAGUUUCCUAUUUUAUUUAAAUAAAUA